UGGGAAGAGUGGGCGGGCCCUGCCUCUACGCAGAUACCCAGAGAAUUCUGGGAGCCCUCGUGCCCUCUGGCAGCAGUUGCUAUCUCGGAUGCAGCGGGUAGGGAGCAGUUUCUCCACCGGGCAACAAGAACGGGGGGAGAACCGGGUGGCGUCCCGAUGUCCCAGCGCGUUCUUCGCUGAAGGAAAUCAAGUGGACACCCUACCGGUGCGGCUGCUCAGGGAUGAUCUGGCGGCGGUGCAGGGCGAUGACCACACCGAACAAAGUUUCCAGAUGAAGGUGGCCGCCCAUGGCUUCACUCCGGAGGAGUUGGUGGUGCGAGUGGACGGUCAGAACCUGAUGGUGACCGGUGAGCGGCUACAGGAGUCGAAUGACCCGGUCAGGGGCAGCUACCGCCUAGAGCAUAAGGUGCACCGGAAAAUGCAACUCCCAGCGAACUUAGAUCCAGCAGCCAUGACGUGUAGCCUGACGCCCUCUGGCUAUCUGUGGGUCCGCGGUCAAAACAAGUCGCUCCAUCCCUCGGAAGCCCAAAUAGGUCAGGCCCCGAGGCUUAGGAACCGGGAGCUCUAAGGGCGCCAACCUACCCUGACCCAAUAAACCGAGAUGUGCAGCAGCA